AUGACCUCACGAGCGGACCGGCCGCCUUCGCCCUCUCCAUCACAUCUCCCGCCGAUUCCAGAUUCUCCAACCUGCUCCUAUGCCUCGACAGCAAAUCACCUCUCGUCGUACAACCUCCCGCUCCCCCCACCCCCGCGUCCGCCCCACGCCGUCCUGACCAAAGCCGACCUCGAGGCGUCACAGACCGCGUACUCGGACCUUCUUGCAACCGCCAAAACCUACCGCCAAGCCCUAGCCGCUCUCUCCUCUUCCGCAUCCGCCUUUGGCUCCUCACUCGAAGCAUGCGCCCGCCUAAAGGAAUCGCGCGCCGACACCCUGGGCCCACCAGGAGGCGCAAGUCUAUCCAACAGCUUCACAACAAAUGGCACUUGCACAGCGGACCUGCUCCUCGCGGCUAGCGGCGUACACCACCUCGUCGCAAACCACCAACAAAUCCUGUCAGAGACGGUAUACCGCUCCUUCGAAGUGCCGUUGCUGCACGAGCUAGACAAAUGGCGGGGCUCCAUCGACGACGAAGACGAGAGCUAUCACCGGGAGGUCAAAGUGCGGAGCCGGGAGAUCCGGCGUAUGGAAAAAGAAGGGCUGAAGCUGCACAAGCAGCGGCGUCGGGACGUGGGCAAGUUCCGCGAGCACCUGGUAGAACUAACAGGCAAGCUGGACGGGCUGACGACGUUGCACGGCGAGCACGCCCGCGCGCUUCUGCGUGAGAGCCAGGAGACGAGCGUCAAGAUCGUCGAUGCAAGCUGCAGUCUCGUCCGCGCCGAGGUGGACAUCUUCGAGAGCCUGGCCCGGAAAGGCUGGAGUGGUGGGGGGCUGGACGAACUGCUCGAAAAGGGUAGGGACUUGUUUGCCAGUGAUGACGAUGUGCUGGUUGUUGCUGGUGGUGUGGUCGGGGCCGGCAGUAGUGCGGUGGCGGCUGGGGAGGGCGCGAAGCUGUUUAGUAUACUGCCGCCCAAGAGCAUACUGGCCGACUCGGCGUCGGACUCGGGGCGCGGUAAGGGACACGGCCGGGCUGACAGUUUGAUGGUGGAGCCGGAGCGGUAUCAGAGCCUCGCAGGCGCCAUGGAUCGAGACAGAGACCGGGGCGAUGCAGAGAGCAUAUUCUCUGAGUUCAACCAAAGUCGGGGUGUGAGACCAUUCAGCCCACAGCCGAUACGGAGGAAUCCUACAGAUGUCAUACUGGAUCCAGACUCACUUUUCCAAGGAGAAGGCGGAGCUGAGGGGGCGAGAGAUUUGGGUGCCACAGCUGCAUUUCGAGAUGCUGCAGCCGGCGCCCGUUGCGGCUUUCAACAAGUAACCUGCCUACUAGUGAACAACCAAUGA